AUGGCUCCAACUCAAGAGACAUACGAUUAUAUCAUAUGCGGGGGAGGCACUUCAGGCUGCGUUAUCGCAGGGCGUCUUGCAGAGGACCCGAACCUGAAGAUCUUGGUCCUUGAAGCUGGACCGGAUAGUGCUGACCUGGAGAAUGUCCAUAUGGUGGGAGGCUGGUCCAAUAACUUUGACUCAGAGACGGACUGGAAUAUCAUUACCAACCCAAUGCCUGGCGUGGAUGACAGACAAGUCAAGCUAAGCAGAGGGCGGUUCCUCGGAGGCUGCAGUGGCUGUAAUGGCACGCUGUGCAUCCGUGGUUGUAAACAGGACUACGAUGAUUGGGGUCUUGAUGGCUGGAGCGGAGAGGAAUUCUUCAAGUGCAUGUCAAAGGCGGAAACAUUCCAUCCAAAGCCGUGGCUAGAGAGCGUGGAGGCUGCUCAUGGCAACUCAGGGCCUAUCCAUACUGAGCCCCAUGACCUUGCUCCAAUAUCAAAGCGGCUCAUGGAUUCGUUCAUAUCGAAGGGCAUGCCGUUCGAGGCGGAUAUGUUCUCGACCGGUGAGGUGUCCCAUGGCUGCGGCCAUGUAGUGAGGACCGUGUAUAAGGGCCUCAGAUCGAUAGCGGCGAACUACAUCACGAAAGAUCACUGCAGGGAUAACGUCACUAUCCUGUGCAAUACCUCUGUAGACAAGGUCAUUCUCGAACCCCACGAAGGUGGCUUUUUGGCGAAAGGGGUUGCCGCGGUCUCAACUGUCGAUAACGCCCGUCACACAUUCCACGCAACGCGGGAAGUUAUCGUUAGUGGCGGCGCCUAUUGCAGCCCUGCGAUUCUUCUUCGAUCGGGAAUUGGACCAAAAGAAGAUCUGGACAAACAUGGCAUCGCCUGCAAAGUCAACCUUCCCGGCGUUGGAAAGAAUCUAAUGGACCAUCUUAUUGUCGCUAUCUUUUACGAAGCCGAGGAAGGCUUAACAACCGACCACCUUGUCUAUCACGAAGGUGCUUUUCAAAAAUCCUAUGCUCAGUGGAAAGAGCAAAAGUCAGGCUUUCUGUCCUCCUUUCCAUUCGGCGCGUUUGCUUACGCCCGUGUCGACGAUCUCUUAGCAAAUGAACCGGCGUGGGCAAAUGCACCCCGUGAAGAAGGGAGAGAUCCCAUGGGGCUCACCCCACGCCAGCCCAAUAUUGAGCUCUUCAACACGGAAUGUUACGGUGGCCCAAAGCAGUAUAACAUAUACCCAACGGACAAACAUGCCUUCUCCCUGAUCGCCGAACUUUUUGGCCCUAGGUCCCGUGGCUCUGUGACGUUGAAGUCUGCAGACCCCCUUGAUCCACCGGCAGUAGACUGCAAUUACCUCGAUGAUCCGCUAGAUAUGCUUGUACUCACUGAGGCUUGCAGAUUUGGCAAUGAAAUCAUUACUGAAGGCCUUGGAACCAAGGAUGUUCUGAAGGGCUCUUGGCCACCAGAGCUGAAGCACCAUACCUUCAAGACUCGAGAAGAAUGGAUACCCUAUGUUAAGGAACAUGCCACAACUUGCUAUCACCCUGGCGGAACUUGUACUAUGGGUAAACCGGAAAACCCGAAUGCUGUCCUUGACGAGAAGCUACGUGUACGAGGAGUAUCUGGUUUGAGAGUUGCUGAUUGUAGUGUCAUGCCUCUACUUCACGGCGGCCACAAUCAAAUGGCAGCCUACGGGAUUGGCGAGAAAUGCGCUGAAAUCAUAAAAAACGGGAAUUAG